CGUCGUUCUUCGAAACAUGUGAGUUUCUGAAAUACGUAUUUCGCCACGAUGCCUCUGUCAACGGAGUCGCAGGCCGACGAUGAACAGUACAUUUUGGUGGCCAGUUUGGACCAUGCCCGCAAUCUGUCCAACAUCCUGAAAGCAAUCGCAUUCAAAGACCAUGCCAUCUUCAGCGCCACCCCCAACGGCCUGAAGGUCACCGUGGAGGACUCCAAAUGUCUGCAAGCCAACGCCUUCAUCCAGGCGGAGAUCUUCCAAGAGUUCACCAUACGGGAAGACUCGGUGGGUUUCCAGGUCAACCUCACAGUCCUGCUGGACUGCCUUAAUAUCUUUGGAGGAAGCACAGUACCUGGCGUGUCAACGGCCUUGCGAAUGUGCUACAAGGGGUACGGUUACCCCCUCACCCUGUUCCUGGAGGAGGGCGGGGUCGUGACUGUGUGCAAGAUCAACACGCAAGAACCAGAGGAGCCAGUUGACUUUGAGUUCUGCAGCACCAAUGUAACAAACAAGGUGAUCCUGCAGUCAGAGUGUCUGAAGGAAGCCUUCUCCGAGCUGGACAUGACCAGUGAGGUGCUCCAGAUCACCAUGUCCCCCAGCCAGCCGUACUUUAGAUUGUCAACAUUUGGGAACUCUGGAAAUUCCCAUUAUGAUUAUCCUAAAGACUCUGACAUGAUGGAGCUGUUCCGAUGCGACAAGACACAAACGAACAGGUACAAGAUGUCCCUCCUGAAGCCGUCCACCAAAGCGCUGGCGUUGUCCUGUAAAGUCUCUGUGAGGACAGACAGCAGGGGCUUCCUGUCUCUGCAGUACCUGAUCAGGAACGACGACGGACAGAUCUGCUUUGUGGAAUACUUUUGUUGUCCCGAUGAGGAAGUGGAGUGAUGAGUCUGUUGAAAUGACUUCAGGGGCAGCCAUCGGCUGAGAAUGAGUGGGCGAAGUCUUCUAGAUGGGCGCACACUGGUAAUACAGCUGGACUUGUGGGAAAGGGUUCGUUUCAACAUAGCCACGCUCAGCAUUCGCCAACAGUUUGGAGCGUUGCCACGGGAUUAGUGGAAAGUCACCCACGUCUGUAUUCUGUACCUGUGUGUACUAAGACCAUAUGUACACAAUGCCAUUGACAGAUAUGGAAAAUUGUAGUUACUGCAUAUAUUGGAUUAGAAAACAAUCCCCUUUAAUUUCAUGGUUUAUAGUGUUGUCGAGACCACAAUUAGUCCAAAUGUAUAUAUUUCUGCCCCAUUGCACUUGCAGCUGGAUGACGGCCAUAACAUUGAAGCGGUGGUGGUUUGGCUCAAGGUGUCUAGUUUGUGAACAGGUCUGCACUCCAGACCUUCAACUUCUAUGCACAAUUGCCCUUCAUUCUGUAUGUGUAUGCUGACACCUUUGACCACCAGUUCCUGGAAGUACUCAUGAUGCAGAAUGUUUAAAUUGUUUUAUUAUUGAAACCCAACCGGUCACUGCAAAUCAAAAAAAAGGUUAUUUUUUUACAUCGAUGGAAUAUUUCCAUUUAUCAAAAAGGAUGAAGUAAAGUUACAGUUUAGUCUCGAUUAGACCGGCAAAAGACAUUGAACACAACACAAGCAUAUUUUAAAUUCUCAAAAGUGACAAUAAAAUGACGUGUUGCAAAGUUUUUUAACCUAACAAAGUUCAUAAUAUUGUAUGGAGGCGUCACCACAUGUGAGUCGAUAAUAAAUCAAGGCAGCGGUGCGCUCCUCACUUAAGUUGAGCCCUGCGUGCUAUCCUUUGUCUUUUGAA